CUCAAAUUGUUUCAAAUGCACAGAUGUUUGUUAAUUUAUUUUUUCAAUUUUUAUUUCAAUAAUACUUCGGUUUUGGAAGAGUCGCGAUAGCUAACAACGUGUUGAAUAAUAUCAGGCAAUAUGGAUCAAAAAGAUAUCUGUAGAUUUUUUAACGACAUUAUGAAGAAUGAAAGCGAUAUAUCAGCAGGGAUGGCUGCAAUACAAACGCUUUUAAAAGUUUUGGAACACUCUGACUCGGAAACAGUUCAGGAACUCCAUUUGUGUCUGCAAAAUGCAGUAGACACGAUGCGAUCCACCGAUCAUCCGGUCACUGGCAUUGCUUCGGGUUGUGAACUUUUCCUCCGUUUCAUUACAUUGGCCACAUUGGAUAAUUCUCCAUUUGCAGACUGUAAAAGGAUUAUGAUUCAACGGGGAAAGCUCUUCUAUGAUAAAUUGUUUGCUGCACGUGGUAAAGUUGCUAAACUGGCUGCACAGUUUAUAAUAGACGGCUCGAGGAUAUUGACACAUUCCAAAUCCAGAGUUGUUUUACAAACUAUGAAAGAAGCUGCAGCUAGUAAUAAAAGGUUCGAAGUCUAUGUUACGGAAUCUUUCCCAAACAAUAGCGGCAAGGAAAUGUGCAAUGACUUGGCCCUCCUGGAUGUGCCAUGUACGUUAAUACUAGAUUCGGCAAUGGGUUACAUCAUGGAGCAAGUUGAUAUGGUUAUGGUUGGCGCUGAAGGAGUUGCAGAAAGCGGUGGAAUAAUUAAUAAAGUGGGAACUUACACAAUGGCAAUGUGCGCUCGGGAGAUCAAGAAACCUUUUUAUGUUUUGACUGAAAGUUAUAAAUUUUCCCGAAUAUAUCCUCUAAAUCAAGUUGAUCUCCCCAACGAAUUCAAAUACACAGCGAGUACACUGAAAAAAGAUCUACACCGAGAACAUCCAUUGGUCGAUUAUACUCCACCAUCUUACAUAAAUCUUCUAUUUACUGAUCUUGGUAUACUGACUCCAUCUGCUGUUAGUGACGAACUUAUUAAACUUUAUUUAUAAAAUAAAAUAAUUUUGUCCUUCAAUCAUAGGGAUUACUAUUUUUUACCUCACCAUUGAAAUAUUCUCUAAGGACUGCAAUACGA